AUGUCACCGAACUCGAACGGCUACGAAGUGUGGCCUUCAUCGGGUGAAAAUGCUGCGGCUGAGGAUGCGGCGCCACAACUUGCUGAGCAAACGGCAAAUGUGAAUGCCGCCGUAAAUACGCCAGUUGUGGUUGAUUCAAACCAUGAUGGAACAGUCGCCCAGGAACUGGAACUAGAGCAAAUGAGGAGUACAUUGGAAGAGGCGAUUGUGGAAACGCGCAGUACGCCUCUCGAAAAUUGA